ACGCCCUACUGCCCGCCCAUUGGCCACCCCACCAAAUCCCCGCCUAUAUAGUUCACCAUUGGCCCGGUUCACUGUAGUGGCACGCCUACUACAGUGCCCCCGCCCCGCGGUCCCUCCCUCUGUUCACUCCGCAGGUCCCCGCUGCCAUGGACGGGCGGGGAGGCGGCAGCGGCUGCAGCGCUGCGGGGAUGAGGGGAGUGGAGGCGACUGCGACACCCGAUGAGCAACAGCCCCGAGGCGCGGGGAGGAGAGGCACCCGCAGCCCCUGCAGCUCGGCGGGCACUCCGGGCACCGGCAAGGGCAGCCCGAAUGGGGAGUGCAGGCGGGAGCCCUUCGAGGCGCCGCCCCGGGAGCACAAGGUGUCCUUCUCCACCGAGCCUCCGCGGGGGUCCUCCCCGGGCAAGGACACCGAAGAUGGCGAGGCCGGCGAAGGAGAACUCCGGACUGGCUUCAUGCACCGCCAGCUCUCUGCCAUGCUCCAGCCCGGGGUCAACAAGUUCUCUCUCCGGAUGUUUGGAAGCCAGAAGGCGGUGGAGAGGGAGCAGGAGAGGGUGAAAUCCGCGGGGGCCUGGAUCAUACACCCGUACAGUGACUUCAGAUUUUACUGGGACUUCACAAUGCUGCUUUUCAUGGUGGGUAACCUAAUAAUCAUCCCUGUGGGAAUCACUUUCUUCAAGGACGAGACGACCACGCCGUGGAUCGUAUUUAAUGUGGUGUCAGACACCUUCUUUCUUAUGGAUUUGGUUCUGAACUUCCGCACAGGGAUUGUGUUUGAGGACAACACUGAGAUCAUCUUGGAUCCACAGAAGAUUAAACGCAAGUAUUUGCGCACGUGGUUUGUGGUGGACUUUGUGUCCUCCAUUCCUGUGGACUACAUAUUUCUCAUUGUAGAAAAGGGCAUUGACUCUGAAGUAUACAAGACAGCCCGUGCUCUACGGAUUGUAAGGUUCACCAAGAUCCUCAGUCUGCUUAGGUUACUUCGACUCUCCAGGCUUAUCCGCUAUAUUCAUCAAUGGGAAGAGAUUUUCCACAUGACCUAUGACUUGGCCAGCGCAGUGAUGAGGAUUUUUAACUUGAUUGCUAUGAUGCUGCUGUUGUGUCACUGGGAUGGAUGCCUUCAGUUUCUUGUGCCCAUGCUUCAAGAAUUCCCUAGUAAUUGUUGGGUGUCCAUCAACAAGAUGGUGAAUGACUCGUGGAGUGAGUUGUACUCCUUCGCCCUUUUCAAGGCAAUGAGCCACAUGCUGUGUAUCGGUUAUGGGCGCCAAGCUCCUGAGAGCAUGACUGACAUUUGGCUCACCAUGUUGAGCAUGAUCGUGGGUGCUACGUGCUAUGCCAUGUUUAUUGGACAUGCCACUGCCCUCAUCCAGUCACUGGACUCAUCUCGAAGACAAUACCAAGAGAAGUACAAGCAAGUUGAGCAGUACAUGUCUUUCCAUAAACUGCCAGCUGAUUUUCGCCAAAGGAUCCAUGAUUACUACGAGCAUCGCUACCAGGGAAAAAUGUUUGAUGAGGACAGCAUCUUGGAGGAGCUAAAUGAGCCACUCAGGGAGGAGAUAGUGAAUUUUAAUUGCCGGAAACUGGUAGCAUCUAUGCCACUCUUUGCCAAUGCCGACCCCUGCUUUGUGACUGCAAUGCUGACCAAGCUGAAGUUUGAGGUUUUCCAACCCACAGACUACAUUAUUCGUGAAGGAACCAUUGGCAAGAAGAUGUACUUCAUCCAGCAUGGUGUGGUUAGUGUACUGACCAAGGGAAACAAGGAGGUCAAGUUGUCGGAUGGCUCUUACUUCGGAGAGAUCUGCCUGCUGACACGGGGACGUCGCACUGCCAGUGUCCGUGCGGAUACAUACUGCCGUCUGUACUCCCUCUCUGUGGACCACUUCAAUGAGGUGUUGGAGGAGUAUCCCAUGAUGAGGCGUGCAUUUGAGACCGUUGCCAUAGACAGACUUGAUAGAAUAGGGAAGAAGAAUUCCAUCCUAAUGCACAAGGUUCAGCACGACUUGAACUCAGGUGUCUUCAACAACCAAGAAAAUGAAAUCAUCCAGGAGAUUGUGAAGUAUGAUCGAGAGAUGGUGCAGCAGGCUGAGCUCCACCAGCUGAGUGGUGGAAUGUAUGCCACCUGCAAUCCACCUUCUCCACAACCCCAGGUCACAUCGGCUAUAGCAACUUUGCAGCAGGCCGUGGCCAUGAGCUUUUGUCCCCCAAUGGCUAGCCCCUUAGUGGGGUCCCCUCGCAUCAUGAGACGGUUCCAAUAUGCCCAAGGAGGGCCUGGAGCCUUUUCUGUAUCCCCUGCCCUUUUCCAGCCACCGCUACAGCUCUUACAGCACCAUCCACCCCCUCAUCAAGGGCCACCACACCGGCAAUCUGCUAUCAUGCCCAGUCCUCCAAACCAAUCACCACGAGUGUCUCAGAACUUUGCCUACUCUGCCAAACGUCAAACAGGCUCUCAACUCUCUCUCACGCAUUCUGCGGCUUCUGUCUCUCCACAGCGUCUCUCUGUACACAAGAGCACCCACUCCCUGCACUCUGGCACACUCACACGUGAGUCUCGCCCUCUCUCUGCUUCACAGCCCUCGCUGCCUCAGGGGGCAUCACAGCUCCGCAGUCCACCAGCUCCCCCUCCAACAUCUGGCAGCUUAACCUCCCCAGUGGCCAAGGGAGGCUUAGGGCCACAGGUUGGCCCAAGGGUACCGGCCCCUGCAAGACUUGCCCUUUCCCACCAGUUGUCCUCUUCUGGCACAGUUGGUGGUGUCUCGGACUCUGGAUUGGGAACAGCAUUGGGAGGCAGGAAGGAUUCUGUGGUCAGCGCCCCUGAUACUGAUCCAGUAAGUGGGAGGCUCUCUGCAAACUUGUGACCGAGUGAGAACAGUUAACCCUACCUAUUUGCGGAGGUACUGGGUGGUGCACAACUAUUAAGCGAGAAAGUAAAACAUGCCCUAGCCUGCUCUGGCCCUGUGCAACUUUAUUAAUGUCUCUACUGCAUGACGAAGAGCUUCUAUUUUUGGCAGUGGAGACUUUAAUAUGUGAAAACUGCAGAGGAAUUAGUUAAGUCAGUAAAUGUCACCUCUGAAAGCACUGCCAUAUUUUCCUACUCUUGUAAACAGUGGAGUUAUGUGGCAUUGUUCCAUGUCAGAGGUCUGGGGAGAGCUCUGCAUGACGUGCAAAUCUUCAGUUAAGUUUUACUGAGGUGGCCAUUAGGGAAGAGACUGCUAACUGCUAAUGAGUUUUUGGUUAACAAAAAUCCACAAAUCAAAAACUCUGGCUGUUGCCUGAUUGAUAGAUCCUCACUCUGAGAACAAAAAUUUUAAAAGCCACAAGUUUGUUACUUCUCUAAAUCCCAAAAUGCAUUAAGCCAAUUGUUCCGUGCAAACUGCAGGCAGUUUGCCAAUGCUACAGUCCCCAGGACUACAGCAAUCCAGUGACAGUGUCACAUAUGGAUGUCAUGUCAAGCACCUAUAUUUAUAUGAUCAUGCAUAAGCAGUUUUGUUUAUUAUCAUGUCUGUUUAAAGGGGUGACUUUUUUUCUUUUUGUAAUAUCACAGUUAUAAUCAGUAGUUUUGCACAGUCAAUGCCCUCUCUCAUUUUAAUGUGUUAACCACCAAAUGGCUAUAGAUCUACUAGGAACAGGAACUGCAAGUCCUAGGGACAACUCUUAUACUGAUAACUGUCUUCACAGCAGCAAUUCUGCAGGUGGCUGGUGUGGUGUUAGAUGUAUCCUUUCAGCAAUAAUGCAGCCACUUUCUAGAAUUGAUUGCCAAUUAUACUGUGUAACUCUUCAAAGGGUUAAACAGUAUGAUUGAUGAGGCUGUGUUUACAUUUAAAUGGAAAAAUAGAUUAACAAGAACAGCCAAAUAUACACUGGUAGCCAAUAAUAACAAGCAUGUAAUGUUUCUGCAGCUACUAGUAUACAAAACACUCCUUGCUAAACUGUGGCACACAGCAGCCCUUCACCUCUCCUGGGCACGGCCGUGAUCAUGGAACUACCAAAUCCGUCGCACCAAAGGACCUGUGUGUGUUUACUUAUUAACAAUAUAAAGCUUUUUUUUUUCUUUUUUCUCACUGCUGUUUGUCCAUUUCAUGGAUUGUAUUUUAGAAAGCCAUAUUGUGUAUAUCACAGCUGUAUAUUAAGAUAUAUAUAUACCUGUAUAAUCUGUACACUAUACAUCCUGUUAUAAAACAGGAAUGGGGUUGAGUGACUAUCUUAUAGAUGUAGAGUCUUAGAAGCCACGUCAAGACUUCACUUGCAUUGAUAGAGGAAUGCGGCAGCAAAGCGCAUUUUAGGCUCAAUCCUGUGUGAUUUAUCUGAGGUGUGGUUCUAUUAGGUUAAAGACCAUAUGCCAUGUGAUUGCAGUAAGUAAAGAAAGGAAAAAGACUAUCCAACCUGCCUGGUACCACUUGAAAUAUGGUCAAAUGGAAAUGCAGUACAGUAUGCAGAUUUUCUUUUUGUCCUGUGUUCAAGGUAGAGCAUUGUGGUAUCAGUCAGGGAUAGGCAUGUCACAUGAUGAGUUCACAUCCUAUCUAAGGUUCACCUCUGUUCUCGCUAUGCCCUGUUAUCACCAGUCUCCAUCAAUAAUGAGGUGUCCAUUUUCCCAAGUAAUAAUGAUCUGCAUAAACAUCUGCAUUUUCCAUGUAGCUUUAAUAUAGUCCGCUGCAUGAGGCAACACCACAGGUAAACUGCAACGUGAAUGAGCCCUUGGGCAGUGGAGAAAAUCCUAGCAAGGGGCAGUCCCAUCUGAAGUAGCACCUUCUGUUCUCAUGAUUUUAUCAGCUGCAAAAACCCAUUCUGCGCGGUACACUGGCUUGUGGCUUUAACUGUGACAGAAUAUAGCCGUUACUACUUCAGCAUUUUGUGUCAACAUCAUAUAGUGGAAAGAUAAACUACUACUACAUUCCAUGUCGUCUCUAAAUUCAAGAUUUUUGAAAACAUACAAAGCUUGUGAAAGGGUUGGCUGGGCAGAUGAUUUAUAUGCUGUAUGUUUUUAGUGGGACUGCCCCUGUAGGAUAAUACAUAUAAUGCAAUUUUAUUUCAUUGAAGUGUCCCCAUCCCUAGGAGGAAAAACCCCCCACAAAAUUUAUAUUAUUUGGGGUAGGAGUUGCCCUCUCUACUCCAUGGUGGCAGUGCCACCAUCUGUGGCUGGCAGUGUCACUAAUGAAUGUAUUUUGGAGACAAGGGGGAGGGUUAAUAUGAGAACGCUGGCUCUCUUGUCUCUUCAGAAGCUGCACUUUACUAAGCAAAUGAUUCCAGCUUCACUGUGUGUGCAAUAAACAGAUGUUUCUGAA